CUGACCUGAGCUUCUUCUUCUGCUUACUGAAGUCACUCCCCUGUCCAAAAAAACCAAAAUUAAAAUUAAAAAAAACCUUCCGGAGCCGGAGAUCAUCUCCGGUGAUUAAUCUGGAAAAUCUUACUGAAGAUUUUGUUAGAAGCUGAUGAGUAGACAAAACGGCAUAGUAUAAGGAUUAAGGUGGUACAGGUUUUGAAGCAGUUGAGUAGUUGAGUUGGAGCAGCGAAAAUGUCUUUCCAGCACAAAAGCUUUUGGAUGCCAAGAGAUGCUGGGUGUCUAACUGAUGCAGAGAUGGGUUAUGAUAAUUCCUCAAGAAUUGAACCCAAGCGUGGUCAUCAGUGGUUCAUGGAUGCUACCACACCAGAAAUGUUCAGUAACAAGAAGCAAGCAGUAGAAGCUGUUAACAGCAGAACAAUUUCGGGAAUUCCACAUUGGAAUGUUUCUCCAUGGCAUAACACUUCUGGUUUUCAGACAGUCUCAGGGCAAUUCCCUGACCGCCUAUUUGGAUCUGAGCCUGUACGGACUGUCAAUCUGGUUGAUAGGAACAUUCCUGUUGAUGGUGGAAGUUCAAAUAUAGGAAGAAAGGAUUUCCAGGAUCACUAUAAUGAUUCGUCAAUGGGUUUGUCUACUUCUCAUUUUGUUGAAGAUCCUUCAGGUUUCAAUGUUGGUGGAAUUAGAAAGGUCAAAGUCAAUCAAGUUAAGGACUCUGGCAAUGGAAUAUCAGCACCCAUGGGGCACUCAUAUAGUAGGGGAGAUGAUGGCACAAUUUCAAUGGGUACUACCUAUCAUAAGAGUGAUAGCAGCACUAUAUCAUUGGGUCCAAAUAACAAUAAUUCAGAUGAGAAUACUAUAUCGAUUGGCCACACCUUUAGUAAGGCCAACACCAGUUUCACUUCAAUGGGCCACAGCUUAAACAAGGGAGAUGAGAAUUUCAUAUCGAUGGGUUACAAUUAUAGCAAGAGAAAUGAGAACAUACUAUCAAUGGGUCAGUCCUUUGACAAAGGGGAUGGCAAUUUUAUAUCAAUUGGCCAGUCUUCUGAAAAGGGUGUUGGCCAUGUCAUAUCAAUGGGUUCCUCCUAUAACAAAGAGCAUGAGAAUUUUAUUUCAAUGGGCCACACCUAUGAUAACGCAAAUGAGAAUUUCAUUUCAAUGAAUUCUUCCUACAGUAAGGGAACUGAUAAUAUCGUGGCAAUCGCUACUACAUAUGACAAGCCAGAUUCCAACAUCACAUCUGUGGAUUCUUCUCAAAACAAAGGGGAUUCUGGAGUUCUCUCUAUUGGCCACAACUACGAUAAGGGUGAGACAAAUACAUUAUGUUUUGGAGUUUUUCAAGAUGAAACCGAGACAAAUCCCUCUGGGAAUAUCAUUAGCAGCUAUGAUUCGUUGAUGGGUACUCGGAGCUCAGCUCAAGCUUCAGAAGAACCAGGCCAGAAGGAUUUGGUUGAGCCAAAUGUGGAUUCAGUUGGCAUUAGCUCUUCCAAUUCAAAUACUAAAACUGAUAUGGUACCUAAAACCAAAGAGCCGAAGACUGCUAGGAAGGUUCCUGCAAACAGCUUCCCCUCAAAUGUCAAAAGUUUGCUAUCAACUGGUAUGCUUGAUGGUGUUCCUGUCAAGUACGUCUCCUGGUCAAGAGAGAAAAAUCUUAAAGGAACCAUUAAAGGAACUGGGUAUCUAUGUGGCUGCAAAGACUGCAACUUCACCAAGGCUUUGAAUGCUUAUGAGUUUGAGCGUCAUGCUAAUUGCAAGACCAAACACCCCAACAAUCACAUAUACUUCGAGAAUGGAAAGACCAUAUAUGCAGUUGUGCAAGAGCUGAAGAGUUCUCCUCAGGAGAUGCUGUUUGAAGCAAUUCAAACUGUGACUGGAUCACAAGUUAAUCAGAAAAAUUUCCGCAUCUGGAAAGCUUCAUAUCAAGCUGCCACCCGUGAACUUCAGCGUAUUUAUGGGAAGGAUGAUAUCAUCACCUCCUCUUAAAGGUGAAGACUCUGGUAUCAGAGGGUCAUUGAGUUGGGUUAAGCUGUGUAAUUUGUUCAUAGUAGCAGCAAUAAGCCAAUAACCGUGAACUUCAGCAAAGUAGUUACAAACUGGGUUUUUAUUAUUUAAUAAUUUCAGCAGAUGGGUAGCCACAGGCUAUCUAUUUUUAAUCAAGUAAGACUUUUUAAUUAUGUUUUUGGUUCAGGACAAUUGUAUCAUCUGUUAAAAGGGAACUUUUUAUGAAAGUGUGAGUUUGAAGCACCAGAGGUGCCUUCUCUAUGUUAGUUGCGGAAUACAAAAUGCAUUUUUCUUUGA